AUGGAGAAAAUAGAUGCUUUAUUAGUUUAUGGAAAUUCAAGUCCAAUCCCUUUUGCUUAUCGAAUAGAUCUUUCCUAUAAUGAUUUACAAUUUGAAUUAAUAGAAGAGGUAGCAACAGUUACUUUUAUGGGUUUAAUUGCUCAAAUUGGUGGUCAAAUGUCAUUAUUUAUGGGUUCUUCUAUAUUAACAUUAACACAAGCAGCUAUAAUGGCUAUUAUUUUAAUUCACCGAUUUCUAAUAGAUAAACAAAGGCAGAGGAAUAUUGUUGGGGAUGUAGUUAAUAAUGAAUUUAAAGAGAAGAAUAAUGGGGUAAAAGUUUGAAUAAAUAUUGAGGGAUAGAGGAGUAAUUGAGAGGAUGAUGUAAGGUUCAGAUUAGA